CUCAGUGAUGGAGACAUCGACAAUGGAUGCAAAACUCAGCCUCGUUGUAUGAGCUCUGUGAAUCAUAAACAUUAAUGUCAAUGGAAAAGGCUACAAUUCUGGAUAUUGUCUUUGAUUCGCAACCAUAAGUGAGAACCAGCUGCGCGGACAGCGGACUGCUUGUGGAGACAAAGCCCGAGUCUGCGUCGCAUCUUUCCGCGUUAUUGUUGGACCAGGCCCGCCCAUACUCCAGAGCAUCUCCAGGAAACCCGGCGACAGCAGACUAAUGAACCGCUACACAUCACAACAGAGGUAGGCUGCGAUGAAAUGUAUCGGAGUCAGCUUGAUUACCGUUUUCAACAGAUGAGACGUGGAUAACGACAGGCGUCUUAAAGCGCUGUCCGUCAGCAGUUUUUUGACAAUGACCUUCACUGUGUUAGUGUAUCACCAGUAGCACCUCCAAGAUUAAAUAACCAAUUCCACUGUCCAUCAUGGACUUCCCAGGUCAUUUCCAGCACAUUUUCAAGCAGCUCAACCACCAGCGCCUCCAUGCUCAGCUGUGUGACUGUGUGGUGGUGGUUGGAGGUCAGAGCUUCCAGGCUCACCGCUCCAUCCUAGCGGCGUGCAGCUCUCACUUCAGAGCUCUCCUCAGCUCCAAUGAAAGUGCUGAUGAGAUUGGAGGAGCAAGAGCUGACAGAGGUGAAGGUGGAAGCCCCAGUGUGAUGGAGUUAGAUCCAGAGGUGGUGACCCCCGAGGCCUUCUCCACCCUACUAGAGAUGAUUUAUACCUCCACCCUCUCCCUGGGGGCCUCCAAUGUGAUGGAUGUGCUGUUGGCGGCCUCGCACCUGCACCUGAACACUGUGGUGAAGGCGUGCAAGCUCCACCUGUCCAGGAAAAACUUCCCUACCUCACCGCCUAAAGGAUGGAGGUCAGUGCAACAGCAGCUGCAGCAGUGUCCCCCCUCACAGGCAGAGAGGUCGCCCACGCUUCAACACGUCACAUCUGCUAUGGAGGAGGAUGUAGAUGAAGAGGGAGUGGGAGUUGAGGUGAGCCAGUCGGGUGGGGUCGAAGAUCAGAGGGUAGUCAGUUGUGAACAGGGUGCCGCAGCAGCACCGUCCAACAGACUUAAAAGAAAGUCGUACGAGGACAGGCUCGGCGGCAGGAAGAGAAGCUGCAGGCUGUCCGGGGGAAACUACAAGGAGUGUUCACCUACUGUGACCAGCAGAAGCACUGUCAGCGCAGGGGAAGGAGGAGAAGAUCUGCAGUUCCCAGACUGCCUGAAGACAACUGAUGGACUCUGGGAGAACAGAGACGAGGAGGUGGAGGAGGAGGAGGAGGAGGAGGAGAAAUACGAAGCAACCAAGGGAGAGUCAGAGGAGAUCCAGCUGCCGAGCCAGUCAGACAGCAGCACAGGAGGUGUGGAUACGUGGGAGAAGAAUGGAGAUACAGGUGGAGACACAGUGGUUAAAGUAAAGGUGGGAGAAGAAGGUGAGGAAGACGGAGAGGAGCCAAAGAUGGAGGUGAUUGAGGUGAAAAAGGAAAAUCUAAGCGCAUAUUCCCCAGAUUUAGAUUGUCCUCCAUCUCCACCACAAGACUGCACGGACAAUUUGAAUGCACAAGUAAAUGAUGAGAAAAUGGCCGCAGUAGCCGACCCAACAGAGGGUGGUGUUAGCUCUUUACCCUCUCAGCUGUGCACAGAUCUUCAAAGUGAUGAGCACAGAGAGGCUGGAGGUUUGGGUGAGGACUCGGUAGACGGGGAAGGCCUGGACAGCCUGUCAGAGCUGGCCUUCUCCUGCUUCCUUAAUCCCAGUGCUGAAAGUGUAAUGGGAGCUCUGGAAGAAGAAGACAGCCUAGCUAGUCUCACGGCUGCCGCUACUGCAGCUGCUGCCGCCAGCGAUGCUCCUGCAGCUGCUGGUAACAUAGGUGAACCGUAUCAAAACUCAGAAGAAGCGAAUACCUCUUCUGCUCAGUCCUCUGAUUCCUCUUCCUCCUCUUCUCUUGUUUUUCCAGUAACUUCUGUCCCCUUGCAGCAGCUUCUCCCGACUCAGAGCCCUGGUUUUAGCGACACGCUCAUCCUACAGCCCACUCAAAACACUUUAGCUGGGUUUCUGAGCGGCAUCAGACCGGGCCUCAGUCUGGAGGCCUCCCUUGUCCAACCCUCCAGGGUCGGGAAAAGCUCAGGGGCAACAACCUUCCGUCGCAUCGCCCCAAAAGUCCCGCCUGGAUCAGAAGCCGGCACCGAUCCUUCCUCUUCCUCCGGAUCAGCGGGAGACGCUGCUGAUCGGCCGCCUCUGACCAGAGCUUCGGAUGAUGUUCUGUCCAAGUGCAAGAAAGCAGCUGCUGAAGACCAUGUGCUGUUAGUGGAAGGGGAGAAGAAAUAUGCCUGCAACAUCUGCUGUAAGACGUUCAUGAACCUGACUGACUGUAAGAAGCACAUUCGCGUCCACACAGGAGAAAAGCCUUAUCCCUGUCCAAAGUGUGGCAAACGCUUCAGCCAGUCCUCCCAUCUUUACAAGCACUCUAAGAAUACCUGUCUAAACUGGAAAGAUGACCAGUCAUUCCCAGACACGCUACUCUGACCUCUUCGUUAGAGGCACACAAUUCUUCCAAAAAAAAAAAAGAAAAUCCUGUCAAUGACAUUAUUUAUUAAUCCCAAUCAAUUUUUGAUCUUGUUACAUGAAAUCAAAGUCCAUUUCCUGAUGUAUCUCUUAAGUUAUUUGAUGCUUUUUAUGUUUUUAUGUUCUCUC